GCCAUUGUUGACCACAAAGCUAAGCGGUGCCUUUUGUUCUUCCCUACCAAAGUCGCCAGCUGCCAAAGACGGUACCCCUGGAACCUAGAGAUUGCCAUGGUGGACCUCACAGGAAAAAGAAUCUUGAGGAGGUUCCAAGAUGGCGUCGUUUGUGUACAAUGGUGGUGAGCUAGAAGUGAGCGAAGACAUGAAGAAAGCUUUCAACACAGACGGCUACAUUGUGGUCAAGGGACUGUGGAGGGAGAAGGAGCUGUCUGUUGUCGAGGUCGGAGCGGACGAGAGCCGCGUGAAGGACAUCCAGACAGCCCUGGACACAGUGUACGUCCCUCUGUCUCCCGGAGACACGCUGUUCUUCCACGCCAACCUCCUGCACUGUAGCGCGCCCAACACCAGCCCCAGGCGACGCUGGGCCUUGCUCUCCUGCUAUAGCCGUGCAGACAACAAGCCGUACGACAAAGUUAUCUGCUCAGAGUACAGGCCUUUGGAGAUGACCGACAACGAGGCUGUGCUCCGGCAAGGAGUAAACUGUGACCUUGACGGCAAGGAAAUCACCAUGAAGGUCAACAAUGAGUACAAAGUUGUCCGCCCCUGACAACAAGGUCGUUGGAAGUAUUUCUGACAUCUUUGAAGUUCCUUCCCUUUGAAUAAAGUUAUUAUUGACAACUGA